GAAACAGGUACGAUAAAUGCAAGUCGGAAAAAAAAAACCAUUCGUGUUAAGCAGUAAUUAUUAAAAUGGAUUGCUAUCGAUUACGAUUUCGGUAUUCACAGGUUUAUUGUACGUCUGUUAAGUAUCGUGAGAAAAAAAAUACCUAUUCUAACCUAUCUUAUUUUUCUCAACAUUUUCUACGACGCGCGCAGUAGUUCGUCUUUCUACGCCUAUUAGGAUGCGCUCGCCUGUCAUCGCACGAGAAAGAGCAAAACCGUUUGGAGCAGAAUAUGGCGUCCGGCAAAAGUACGAGGGAAAUUUUGUUGUCGCUCGUCGACGAUAUCGAAUUGAUAGCGAAAGAAAUGAUCGAGAAUACGAUAGCUCAAAAGCCUAUGAAAUUAUCGAGCGAGGAACACGCUCGAUUAACCGAAUUAUUAAUUGCUAAAGAUAACGAACUUAAAGCGACGUUGAAACGAGCAGCUGAGCAGGCAAAAAUUAAUUUAAAAAUGGAAGCUUUAAGAGCCGAAGUCGAGAGACAAGAUCAGGACAUCCAACAGUUGCAACGACAAUUGAAGGAAGCUGAACAAAUUCUAGCUACUGCCAUUUACCAAGCGAAACAAAAGUUACAAUCUAUUGCUCGUGCUAAUAAGAAACCGGUUCCGUCCGAAGAAUUAAUUAAAUACGCGCAUAGGAUCAGUGCAUCCAACGCUAUUUGUGCUCCCCUCACGUGGCAGCAAGGAGAUCCUCGAAGGCCCUAUCCUACAGACAUCGAAAUGAGACUAGGAUAUCUUGGAAGACUAAGCGAUCUUCCUCUGAACGGGCAAAUGUUGGGCACCCAUCCUGGCAUAUCGUCGGAUUUACAUAGAGCCGGACAUCCUGUGGGCGAACCUCCGGUGUCGCAAGCUAAUCAAUUCGCGUGGCACCCCUCCGGUGAAAUUCACAUGUCGGUGAGCGGGCAAGGAAGCGUCGCGAUGAAUACGCAUAAACAAGAAACGGAAGACGUCGAAGUUAUGUCGACGGAUUCGUCUAGUAGCUCGUCUAGCGAUUCGCAGUGAACAUUUUGUAUUUCUUAACGUUGGA